CACCUCAUGGGUUCUCCCUACCCCUACCGGACUUCCAUUAAACCAAAACCAGUGCAUCCUUUUUUUUUUUUGGGUGAAUAAACCAGUGCAUCCUUAUUUGGUUCAUGUUUCUAUUUUCACUCAUUCUCACACCGAAAUCAACGAAACUGAACUGAAACCGGUCCAAAACGACCAAUUGACACCCUUAUUGAUAAGGAUGUAUCUCUUCUAUUCUUUUAUUCUUUCGUUCAGGUAUUUAUUAUAAUUUAGUGAAAUCAGGUAUAAAAAUGGGCCAUUCCUGGCCUUUAGUUUGGAUAAAUUUCAAAUAGCAUGAACCUGGGCCUCCUGAUUUUUUAACUGUUGCAAUCGCUUAUCCCCAAAGCUUGGGUUGUUAGUGAGGGCCACAACAAUACAUAUAUCAACAAACACCAAUACCCCCACGCCGGUGCACGUGCAGGCCCCCAAGCAUACACACACCCGACUCUGAACGUGACACCAAGGGGACGCAAAGCGUAAGAGCAAAAUAACAUGUAGCACAAACCCAUCACAUUUGCUAGGGUUCAAACACCUGACCUCCUGUCUCUGAUGCCAUGUUAUAACUGCUUAUCUCAAAAGCUCGAGCUGUUAAGUCAGGGCCACAACAAUGUAUAUCAAUGAACACCAACAGAAACUAACUGAGGCCUGUAUUCUGGUGGGAGCAUCCCUUUAUUGGAGUAAGCAUUAAAUAUAUUGGCUGCUGUUAUAUAUCCAGGUCAAGGAAGUUUGAGACCUAAUUUCACUGAGGUGUAAUUAUGUCCACUAUGGAUUUGAAUACUAAAGGUAUAACUUGGGUUGGUAACUUGUACCAGAAGUUUGAAGCUAUAUGUUUGGAGGUGGAAGAUAUUGUGUGCCAGGAAACAACUAAAAUAGUUGAAAAUCACGCGCAGUCGGUUGGUGUAAGUGUUAAAAGGUUCUAUGCUGAACUUGUGCAAGAUUUGGUCCCUCUAUCUUCUGAAGAUCCCGAGAAGGCAAAGGAAGGUAUUGAUGAAAAUCCCAAAAUGGAGGCAGUUUCUCCUGAUGGGAAAGAUUUGAGUCGUGGAUCUUCUUUCAGAUUAUUCCCAAAUAUGAGCCAUUUGCCUCCAUCUUCUGAAGAUCCCAUUAAAGGAACAUGUGCUGACUUAUCUAUAGAACAAAAUGAAAAUAGUUCUGUGAUAUAUGGAAAUCUAAAAUUUGGGCUUGAAGAAUUUACUGAAGAGGAUAAGCUGUCUUUGCCCAAGGUUUUGGAAGUAAUGGCUCCUGCAGGAAAUGAUUUGAGUGGGGCAUUGUUAUUCAGUGGACUCCACAAUGAAAAUAAUGGCAAAAUAUGUAAUACAGCAGCUACAGUGCCGACUCUCUCUUCAGUUGAUUUUGCACAAUGUUGUGAGCCUUUAGAUCCAAUGGGGUGUAUUUCUGGUGUUUCAUCUGCUUCCUCAACAUCUUUGGUUCUUCCAGCUUCAUACUUCGAAAAUGAAGCAGGAGAUGGACUGAUUCCCUCCAGAGAUAGUCUAGCAAUAGAGUUAAAUGACAACUCCAAAACUCACAAGACAAUAUCUCUGAGGCAUGGAAGAUCAUAUCGCUACAACGAAGAGGAAAUGGCUGAAGGCAAUGAUGCUCACAGGUCAGAUGAGGAAGCCACGGAUGCAUCUCAUGGUCUUAGGCUUGAGGAAAGUUGUAUAUUGGUGGAUUGUGAUGAAAUUCACCUCGUCUCCCAGAGGACAGGGAAGAGCAGAUCAUACAAGAAAAAACUUCGUGAUGCUUUUGCUUCAAGAAUGAGAUCAGGAAAGAAGCAGGAGUAUGAACGGCUAGCACUACUGUGUGGAGAUGCCGAUACUGGAACCAACGAUCAAAGAGAAGGAAGUUACCAAAUAUCCACUCUCACUAGGGACUUGGACUCAAAGAAAUUGCCAAUUGAUGAUUUUUGUGAUUCUGAGUGGGAACUUCUGUAGAUAGAAGGGGAAAUAUGCCUGUAAAUAAGUGGGCAACAGCAUUAGUUCUGCAACAUCCAAAAGUAGGUGAUGAAGAUGCCGGUCUACAUCAAUAACGUUGGCCAAAAUUUCCCUUUCAAAUUAUAGAGGAAGGUUUUCAUAAAAAGGUAUGGAGUAAGGUAGGCGAAAGAAGGUAGGCAGUGAAUACAUUAGAUCUAGUGGAGGAGUAGAGGAAUAGCUCUUCUUAAAUUACAACCGACCUGUGGUUAGGGUGCACAACUGGUAUUAUGAAAUGCUUUAGUAAAGGGCAGGAUGCUGUUCAGAUUAUAUAUGCAGUCAAUCUUUGCAGUUGCCUAUUGUUA